CGCCCGCAGCACCGCCCGCCCGUCGCUCCGUCGGCGGUAACUCGCGCGGAAAACUUUGCCGACUACGUGCGAGUUUUCGUUUAAGUAUACUUGUCGCGUUGUUGGUCUGGUGGAAGCCUGCAGUGACGCAGGCAAUCGGUGCAGUGUGUUGUGUGUGUGCGUGUGUGUGUGUGUGUGUGUGUGUGCGUGCGAGCCGGAGACCAGCUCUCGUGCUCACCGGAGGCUGAUUGUGAUACUAAAGUUUUAGUGACAUCACGGAGCGAUGUGACCGAGCGGCGCCCCCCGCGAGCAGCAUGGGCGCCCGGCGCUCGCGGCGCAGUCGCACGCGCGCGCGCCGCCCGCGCCCCUAGCGCCGCCCGCGCCGCACCGACGGAGCGCCGACAUGGCCGACGAUAACACCAUCAUCGAAGGCACGGUCAAGUUCCGCGAUGGGAAAAAGUGGAAGUCGCGCUGGUGCGUCAUGCGGAAACUGUCGCCCGUGGCAGACUGCGUGCAGCUGCAGGUGUACCGCGACGCGCGCGCGCGCUGCGCCGGCGCCAGCAGCAAGGCGGCGCUGUCGCUGCAGCACUUCCUGGGCUGCGAGACGGGCUUCACGCUGGACAAGCACUCGCACACGCUGGCGCUGCUGUGCCAGGACUUCACCGCCGUGCUGGCCUUCGAGACGCGCGAGCGGCUCAUGCAGUGGCAGGUGAAGCUGGGCGCGGCGCUGGGCUCGGCGCGCCCCUACCUGGUGCUGGUGGGCGCGGGCGGCGGCGGCGCGCGGCGGCUGGCGGCGGGCCCGGCGCGCCUGCACCUGCGCGAGCGCCGCUGCGCGCUCUCGGCCGGCGUGCCGCCGCGGCUGCUCGGCGUGUGGGACAUCGCGCACCUGCGGCGCUACGGGGUGGUGGAGGGGCGCUUCUGCUUCGAGGGCGGCUCGCUGUGCGGCGCGGGCGAGGGCCUGCACGUGCUGCUGAGCGACCAGGCGGCCGACAUCGAGCGCGCCUUCCGCCGGGCCGCGCGCGCCCAGCUGUCGCCGUGCCGCCGCCCGCAGCCCGGCGCGGAGCGCUCGCUGCCGCCCAGCGACCUGCGGCUGUACGAGGACCCGGCGGAGGCCGGCGCCGGCUCGCCGUGCUGGCCCUCCGCGGAGCGCGCGCGCUACCCGGACCUGGGCUUCGGCGACGCGGCGUCCGUGCACGAGGCCGCGGACGAGGGCGCGGCGCCGUGGGGCGGCGGCGUCUCGCUGGAGCGCUGCACGAGCUGCAUGUCCAAGCUGGGCGCGCUGUCCCGCUCGUCCACGGCCGCGCUGACGCCGGGCGCCACGCACUUCAGCCCCGCGUGGACGAUGGAGAGUCCGGCCGAGCCCGCGCCGCCCGAGCGCCCGCCCGCGCCGCCGCGGCCGGACGCCGGCGCGCGCCGCCCGCCGCCGCCGCCGCCCGCGCGCUCCUUCAGUCACUCGCACCUGGCGUCCAUCGGCGAGAACGACCCCACCGGCGUCGGCCCCUACGAGAACUACGACGUGCCGAAAAUACCCUCCGCCGAGGUCGAAGGGGAGUACUACGAUACGCCGAAAAGAUUAAAGGAAUGCUUGAACGGCGAGCUGUUCAAGAUAACGAAGAGCUCCACCUCCAGCUCGCUCGUGCUGAAGAAACCGUGCGGCUGCCUGCUGCGGCUGGGCCGCACGCCGCGCCCGCUCGUGGUGGAGGACGAGCCCGCGCCCGUCGCCGCCUGCCCCUGCCGCCGCGUCACCGCCUGGGCGCACAGCUGGCUGCGCCUGCCCGCCUGCCGCGCGCCCGGCGACGAGCCCGCGCCCGACGCGCUCUACGCCAGCGUCGACUUCUCGCGCAAGACCCGCCGGCGCGCGCCCGCCGCGCCCGUCGACCCGCCGCCCGAGGUGGACGACGGGCCGCUCGCCAACUACGAGAACCUCAGCUUCGCGCUGUCGCUGGAGCACUACGAGAACGCCAAGGAGCUGCUGCGGCGCGCCGGCGUCACGAGCCGCGAGCUGCACGCGCUCGGCGCCGCGCUGCGGCCGCCGUGCGGCGCGUGCGGCGCGUGCGGCCAGCCGCGCCCGCGCCCGCGCACGCUCAGCGACGAGUACCUGCUCAUGGCGCCCGGCGCGCCGGACGGCGGGCGGGACGAGCGCGCGCCGCCCGCCGGCUACGCGCCCAUGUCGCCCAUCGGCGGCUUCGGCUUCCGCACGCUGCGGCGCCCGGCGCGCAGCCCCGUCGGCGGCGCGCUCGACGAGAAGUCGGCCAGCAACCCCGCGCUGGGCGAGAGCGCGCCGCCGCCGCGCGCCGGCCGCCCGCGCGCCGCGCGCCGCGAGCGCUCCAGCUCGGCCGACUCGUCGCGCUUCCUCGACGACGUGCAGGAGUUCGACGGCGCGCGCGGCUCGGCGUCGUCGCUGGAGACGCUGCGCGACGCGGGCGCGGACGGCGCGCCGGCGCGCUGCGGCUGCAAGCACUCGGACGCCGACAGCUCGGAGGCGUCCAAGGCGGCGGGCGGCGCGGCGGCGGCGGGCGCGCGCGACUCGUCCUCGUCCAACGACUCGGGCGUGUCGAGCUGGUCGCUGGCGGCGCGCGAGGCGCGCGAGCUUCCGGCCACGAGCGCGGCGGCGCGGCGGCGCUACCGGUCCGCGCGGCGCGCCGCCGACUCGCCGCGCGCGGCGCGCCGCUCGCGCUCGUCGGGCGGGCCGCCGGACGCGCACAGCACGUCGAGCGGCACGUCCGACAUGUCGGACUACGUGGAGACGCUGUCCAUCUGCUCGUCGCAGUCGUCGUCGGACGCGCCGGAGACGCUGCGCGUGCGGCAGGCGGCGUGCACGCUGCGCCCGCGCUCCGGCAAGGAGUACCAGCCGCUGGCGCCGCACCUGGCCGCGCGCCGCUAGACGCGCCUUGAGCGCCGGCGCCGCAGGUCGGACGCUCCGCAGCCGGUCGCGUAGGGAGCGUGUUGUGCUUCAUUAUGAAAACUAUUCGAUUGUUAGUUUCAUUUCAGUUUUGAUACUCGUUUUUGUAAAAAAUAAUUCAUAAUAUCAGAUGAUUACUUAUUAUCUAUUCCACAUUUUUCCUCCAUAUUUUGGAUUCACACUGUGCCAUGUUUUGUUGCUUCUGUCCCCGGUCCGAUCCGUCCAAGGCUGUGUCCCAGAGUGCCAAUUUUCAUAAUUUCACUUCUGUCCUUACGAGCCUUAACUUUCUUACUCAUUAGAUUCUUCUAACAAUAAAGUUUAUCUCAUUGCUGUCAUCGAAAAUAAAAUUAGAGCCUAAAACAUACUACAAAGUAGGGGGAGGCGGAGGGGGAGGAGGGAGGAGGAGGGGAGGAGCCAGGCGCGUACAACGAACGACAUGUAAAAAGAUGAUCAUUGACCCGAUUGUUGUUAAAAACUAUACGAAUUAUAUAUCAGGUUACACCGAUGUGGAUCGCCCCGGCAGCGCCGCGCCGGGCGCGGUGUUCUAGUCACUUUCUGUUACCUGCAUUAUAUUAUGUAAAGUUGCAUACGAUGUAAAUAAUAUAACUAUUUAGAGACGUAAAUAUAAAUUGUAAAUGAGUUUAUUCUCCUGCGCCGGCGGCCUCGUGUUGUGACAUUCCGAGAUCAUCUCAGUGUUUGAGUCUCGCUCGCUGGCUCGCUCUACACGUCGACAGAUGUCGCCGGCGCGCUUUUUAACGUCGUGUACAUGCGAGUUGCGUCUGUCGCGACGCUGUGCGACUGUCGCCGUGUGGGCAGCAGCACUGGUGUAGCUGGGCGCCGCCGCCGGCCGUUUAGACUUACGCUAGAAUGAAUUUAUAACUAAACUAAUGUUAACGACUCGAAUUUCUGAAUAAAAUCGAAAUGAAUCUGAA